AUGACUACCACCGCCUACGGAUCCUACACUGGAUCUCCGCAGGUUCUCUCGUUCGACGGUCUCUUGUUUGACUUUGACGGGACGAUAAUUGACUCUACUGACGCAAUCGUCAAGCAUUGGCACGAACUUGCAAAAGACUUGGGUGUAGAUCCCGAGGUCAUACUUGCUUCUUCCCAUGGCAGGAGAAGUAUCGAUACCCUGGCUCUCUAUGAUAAGAGCAAGGCCAAUAUGGAAUUUGUCAACCAAAUCGAAGGCGCUAUUCCCCAAAAGUACGGGCAAGACGCCGUCGAAAUCCCCGGGGCGCGAGACCUAGUCAAAAAGCUAGUCGACUCCAACGCGCCCUGGGCAGUGGUUACAUCGGGUACUCGGGCAUUGGUCGAGGGCUGGCUGGAAGUUCUCAGACUGGCCCAUCCCAAGUACCUGGUUGUUGCCGAGGACGUCGAGCAAGGGAAACCGAAUCCGCAGUGCUAUCUCCUUGGGCGCCAGAAACUCAGCAAUGACAUGGGGUUUCCGGCCGACUCGACGAAUAUGUUGGUCAUUGAGGAUGCUCCGUCCGGGAUCAGGGCGGGUAAAGCAGCGGGAUUCAAGGUGCUUGCGCUCCAGACCACGCAUGCGAUCCAGCAACUCACAGACGCUGGUGCGGACUGGAUUGUGAAGGAUCUGAAGAGUGUGGAUUUCAAGUCGUGGACUCAGGGAGAGAAGGUGGAGAUUGAGGUUAGAGAUACACUGCAGGCUUGA